AUGAUUACAGUUGCAAUCUUUGUUAUUGCUCUUAUGAUGCCAUCAACAGCUAAACUUGAGAUUCCAGAAUGUAUUCAAAACAUGAUUGAUUCAAUGUAUGGCACACCUGGAGGAAGUCCUUAUAUUAGCAUCGACAGUUAUGUAUAUCGUGGCAAAUUGACUUAUCUGGCUACAAGUGGCUGCUGUGAUCGAAUGAAUCCGCUUUUCGACGAUGAAUGCAAUCGUAUUUGUGCUCCGUCGGGUGGUUUUGUUGGUAUUGGUGAUAGGAAAUGCAAAGACUUUGGCGAGACGGCAAAAUUGUUGGGAAAUAUAUGGGUCGCGCCGCUUCGUAAAUAA